AUGGAGCCCCAAAUCGCUCUUACGCCAAUCGGAGAUGAUGCCACUCUGCAGCCGACGCCGCAAGAUCCAGACAAGCGACGAGACGGUCUCGUCCGCUCCGAGGACCCCUCAAACCAACAAGCAGAGGAUACGCACAACUACGCCCAGGGCCUGCAAUUGCUUCUGAUUUGCAUAUCGCUCUCCCUCUGUGUGUUUCUGGUCGGACUGGAUGCAACGAUUCUGACCACGGCCAUCCCCAGCAUCACCGAUGAAUUCGGCUCAGUGGCAGACGUGGGCUGGUACGAUGCCGCCUUCCGUUUGACCUCAUGCAUGUCCCAGCUCUCCCAGGGGAAGCUCUACGACAACUACGCGAUCAAAUGGGUAUUCCUCGUGAAUAUGGUCAUCUUUGAGGCUGGGAUUCUGGUGUGGGGGGUCGCGUCCAGCUCGCUGGUCUUCAUCAUCGGACGAGCCAUUACCGGACUCGGCUUCUCGGGCAUCAGCCAGGGGUGUAUGGUCAUUGUCGCCAUGUCCACCCCGCUCCAGAAACGGGCCGCCUACCUCGGCGUGAUCAGCGCCAGCGAGUACACCGCAAUGGCCGCGGCGCCCAUCAUUGGGGGCGCAUUGACUUCCACCCUCUCCUGGCGGUGGUGCUUCUACAUCAACCUCCCGACCGCUGCUGCACCCACCGCCAUGCUCCUGCUGCUCAAGCUCCCGCAGAUGCCCUCGGGCAAUCGCAAAUCCUGGAACAACGCCCGGAUCAUCGUGCUCCUCGUGCUCGCACCCAUCGUCUUCGCGGUCUUCUGCUUCAUUCAGCACUGGAAGCAGGACAGCGCGAUGCUACCUCCACGUAUCAUCAAGAAACGCGUCAUCCUGGCGGGGGCGCUCUUCAGUCUCUCGCUCUCGGCGUGUCGCGCGAUCGUGCAAUACUAUCUAGCGAUCUGGUUCCAGACCGUCCGGGGCGCCACAGCCCUGCAGUCAGGCAUCAACACCUUACCUCUGGUGGUCGCGGUUCUCGUAUCAGCGAUGGCAGCGGGACGCUUCAUGUCCGUGACGGGGAUCUACACCGCGAUCAUGAUCCCAGCUGCCCUCCUCGUGACCGCCGGCAUCAGCAUGAUGACGCGAUUCUCGCCGACGACCCCGAAGGGACUGUGGAUUCCAUCGUUGAUUCUGCUGGGGAUCGGGGCCGGGAGUAGCGUGUCCAUCCCCUUCAUCGCGGCGCAGGCGGUGCUGAGCGUCGGUGACCUCUCCGCCGGCAUGGCCCUGAUGACCUUCUCGCAGGACCUGGGCGAGGCCGUCUUCAUCAGCAUCGCCCAGGCCGUCUUCCUGCGCCGCCUCGCGCGCGCCCUGCAGGCCACGGCGCCGGCCCUCGACCCGCAAACCGUGAUCCAUCUGGGCGCCACCGAUCUGCGCGGCAAGAUCCCGGCGCAGGACGUCGCGGCCGUCGCCCUCUCGUAUGACCUCGCCGUGCGCUCGACCUUCUACUUGGCCGUCGCUCUGGCGGGGCUGCUGGUCGUCUCUGCCGUGCCACUUCAAAGGACGACGCUCAUGGUUGGAAGACGGUCCAGUCGGUAG